AUGCCGACGGACAACAACGAGUCCGACCCAUCCGCGUCCGCGGGCGCUGGCACGGAGCCGCUGGCAUGCGUGUCGUGCCGCGCCCGGAAGCUCAAGUGUGACCGCAUAACCCCGGCCUGUAGCCGCUGUAUCAAGGUCUCAAACGACUGCGUGUAUCCCGCGUCGCGGAGGAAACCGACCUUCAAGCGAAGGAACGUCAAGGAACUGGAAGCCCGUCUCGCCCAAGUCGAAGACUAUCUCAAAGAUGUCAAUAGAACUGCAGAGGACAAUGCCGACAAUGAUAGUCCGGACCAGCCGGUUCAGCCGGACAUGGACUUCAGCAACCAGGAGACACAUGCCCAGAUACCCCAAUCACCUGGAAUCACAACGGAAACCCUCCCUGAGCCCUUUCUCAUCCCUGAUUUUGUCCCGCCAGAGGAAACUCCAGGGUCCUUCUUCAACGAUGCUCAGUUGAUGGGGCUGGGCAUGACCGAGUCACUACCCCCCCUUGAAGUCAUGGAGGAACUCAACCAUUCGUUUUUUGCAAACCAACACUUUUUCGUCCCCAUAGUACACCCGGGACGUUACCUACAAGCCUUCUACGGGAGCCCUUUGAUGAAGCCACCAAUGUGCCUGCAGUAUUCCCUCUGGGCAUUAGCUGCACUUGGACAUGCCAAGUAUGACAAAUACCAUGACGUCUUUUACAAUCGGGCUCGAAACUAUGCCGAGAUGGAUGAAAUGAAGGGCUUUGGUGAACAUUUCAUUACUGUUAGGCACGCACAGACUUGGGGGCUCAUUGCAACUUAUGAGGCCAAGAGGAUGCUCUUCACCCGAUCGACUAUGAGCUCAGCUCGAGCAGUUCGCCUGUGUCACAUGAUGAGUCUCGAUCGCAUCGAUGGUGAUCCCCUAGGAUUGCCGCCGAGCCUAGGACCUCCAUUGACCUGGGCGGAACUAGAGGAGCGAAGAAGGGUUUUUUGGGGAGCAUUUUGCUUUGAUGCCCAUGCGACCAUCUCCACUGGCUGGGCCAGCCUGAUCCAGACAGAUGAUAUUGCAACACGACUCCCGGCCCCCGAAGCUGACUUUAUUGCGGAUCGCAAAGUUGAAUCAGCUUUCUUACACGAGGUCUUCCAGGGAGCUACUUACAGCGGCUUCGCAGGGACGGUGGUAGUGUGCCAAAUCUUCAAGAUCAUCCUGAACCAUGUCCACCGCAACAAGCCGGGAGACUACCCUGACGACGUGAUGCACGGUGGUUUCUGGAAGAGACACCGUGAGCUAGACAACACUUUGUCCAGCGUUUUCAUGUUUCUGCCCGAGAAAAUGCGCUUGCCACAGAAUAUGCGAGACCCAACAGCCACGCACGCCAACCUCAACUUCCACGCCUCCAUCAUCUGUCUGCACCAUGCGGCGGUCGAAAAGGUUGAAAAGCACAACCUGCCCGAAUCUCUCAAACAAACGAGCGUGAUUCGUCUGAAAGGAGCUGCCGAGGCGAUUGUCAACGUUAUCAAGCUUGCCGCCCACGCUUCCACUAUUUUUAAAAGUCCACUGUGUGCGCUCUCGAUGUAUUGCGCAACUACGGUGUACGUGUACUUGGCCAAACAAGAUCCAGCAGCCGGCCUGACAUCGAUCGAUAUCGCCAAUCUGGAAGCACUAAUCAAUGCAAUGGAGGCCAUCGCGCGCACGCAUAAUGUCACCCGUGCGUUCUUACAACAGGCUUGCUUAGACAUCGAGCGCAAUGGACUCUCCUCCAGCGUACGAAUGCCGAUGCUACGCAAAUACCGCAAUGCGUUUGGUGGAGUCAGAUCAAACAUCCCGAUGCUGGCCCGAAGUUCGGUCGCGAAGCACACAGCAGCUGCUCCGGUACUACCUGGAAACCAGGGUCUGAGAGCUGUUGGCUGCCCGUUUACACUCGAAACAGAAGGUGAUCUGGGCAACAUAAUCGGAAAGGACUGCUUCCAGGCUGUCCUCGGCGCCGUGUCACGGAACGUUGCGCCUCCUCAACAGCUAGAAGUGGCGACGAAUAAACGGAAAAGAACGUCCCCUAGCCCAGGACCCGACCUGAUAGCCGGCUUGGGCCGUCCCCAAACCUCAUCCGUGGAUGCCUCUGCGCUGGAAGAUACUGUGACAAUGCCCACGGGUAGUAGGGUACCAAUAUUCCCGCCAUCUGCGCAAAUGUGCACCGGAAACAUCGGCCUUCCUAACCGAACCUCGUCUUCCUCGUCGUCUCCCUGUAACCAUGGGUCGUUUUCUAAAACAGCGACGGGAAGCAGCCAUACUUCUCCCGGCCUGGGGCUCGGGAACACGGCUGAGGAAAACCGAAUCGAUUUAAGAGCCUUCCAGGACCGCAUGACGACGCCCGCCUGGCCGAACGCGGAUGAAACAUUUUUUGCGCAGAUUAACGAGACGAUAAUCAAUAUCCUUCCCGCCGAGAGUGGUGAUGCUUGGGGCAUCCUGGAUGCCGACCUGAGUUGGGACCACACGAGCGGUCUAUCCGGUCCGUCCACGCUCUUUUGCCUCGUCGCAUCGCACGUUCGCAACUGCAACUGCAACUGCACCGCCGCCGCCGCCAUGAUUUCAUACAUCGUCGGCCUCGUCGCCGUCUUGCUCGUCUUCUCCAACCCCAUCAGCGAGCUGCUGUUCCCGGGCCAGGCCGGCCGCCCGCAUGUGUCGCCGCGGCCGCAGCUCAACGAGUCGCUGCUCGCCAUUGACGCACCGAAUGCGACGGUCCCGGCGUGUCCCCCGGAUGCGUAUACAGCGCGCAUCCUGCACCGCGCGCCGCUGGUCGUGUACCUGGAAGGCUUCUUGAGUGCGGAGGAGCGGCGGUAUUUACUGGAUAUAAGCGAAUCCCUCUUCGAACCCUCAACCAUCACCAACGACGGCGACGAGACGCAUCGCGACACAUUGGUGCGCGACUCGCACGUCGCCGUCAUUCCGCGCAACGACGCCGUACGCUGCAUCGAGCGCCGCUCGCGAGCCCUACAAGGCUGGCCGUCGGACCUGUAUAUCGAGCGCCUUCGCACGCAAAAGUACACGGCCGGCGGCCACUACGGCUAUCAUUUCGACUGGACCGCCAACAUCGGCGGCUGGGGGCGCGUGACGAGCAUCAUGGCGUGGGUCGACGGCUCCGACGACCUGCGCGGCGGCGGCACGGCGUUUCCCCUGAUCCGCAAGCCGGAGGGCGAGGAGGCGGAGCGGGAGUGGUGCAGGUUUAUCGAAUGCGACACGAAGCUCAAGGAUGAACAACAGGAUGGACAGCAGGAUGAUCGUGGGGUUGUCUUCAAGGUCGUCCCCGGCAACGCCGUGUACUGGGAGAACUUUGCGCCUGAUGGCAGAGGCUAUGAGCAGACUUGGCAUGCUGGGCUGCCGGUCGACGAGGGCCUCAAGGUUGGGCUGAACAUUUGGAGUUUCGGGCGCAUUUAA